AUGCUGUCCCCGUGCUCGCCACCAUCGACGCUCUCGACGCAGCAGCCCUUCUCUGGCGCCAGCACUGCCACUCAGUCGCCAAUCUUGUCGCCAAAGAAGGCGACAAAAUUGGUACUGCUGCAUCUCCCCUUCGGCCUGCAUUCCAAGGUCGAGGUGCUGCAUAAGCGACGGAUCCAGCCGUCGCUAUGCCACGUGAGCGAUUCGUCAAACCCGAAGACUGAGCGUCUUGAUCUCACGGAAGAAAUGGAAGUCAUCGCGAAUCGUCUCGCCAACAAGGAACUUUGGGUGCACAGCGAGUACUUGGACACCGUCAACCGGAUAGAGCACACGUUCCAAAGCCGCUUCGGUCAAAGACUAAAAAGCAGUUGGAGGAUUGGGAGAUCGAUGCUGCGA